CCCAGACUACGUCGAGCAGUAUCCCAACAAGGGACUGGGUGACCACAACUUCUGCCGCAGUCCCGAUGGUGAGCAGGUUCCCUGGUGUUUCUACAGAAAGAAGGGCGGUUCAAUCAGCUGGGCGGAGUGCGACUGUAAUCAGGGUCAGUUCAAGACCUGAUGGCAGUGGGGAAGAAGCUGUUGCUGAACAUUGAGGUGUGGGUCUUCAGGCUCCUGUACCUCCUGCCUGAUGGCAGCAGUGAGAAGAGGGCAUGGCCUGGAUGCUGGGGGCCCCUGAUGAUGGAUGUCGCCUUCCUGAGACAUCGCCUCAUGUAGACAUCCUCAAUUAUUGGCAGACUUCCACAGAGACUCACACUUUUCCUGAUUUACUGGCCUUGUAUAUUCCUAAUGUAGUUUGGAAAAACAAUCGCUGGAUGAUUGAUGACUGUGAAGGAGACAACAAACUUGCCCUCUGUCCAUGUGUUCACACCUCCAACAUCAGUGUAAAUUGGCUGCGGUUGACUCCUGUCAGUAACAAUGCAUCAGUGAUGAGAGUUCACCCCUAAAUGGUUCCCAAAAGGGAAAUUCUUCACAGAGUUAUUCAGCACUCUUUGUUGACUUGGAAUUGGAAUUGAUUUAUUAUUGUCACAUGUACCGAGAUACAGUGAAAAGCUUUUGUUUGCAUGUCAUCCAGACACAUCAUUCCCUACAUAAGUGCAUCGAGAUAGUACAAAGGAAAACAGAAUGCAGAAUAUAGAGUUGUAGGUUCAGAGAAAGUGCAGUGCAGGAAGACAAACAAAGUGCAAGGGCCACAGUGUGAGGAAAAUUACAAGGGGGGCUCAGUUCCAGGAUUUUGGGGAAUUUUUUAAAACAAUUCUAAUUAAUCUGUACUGACAUUUUUAAAUUACCCUGAUCUGAAGAGGCAGCUUAAGUGUGUCUGGGUCAAACAUGGGCCAAACUAGAAAGUAUUACAUCCCUGAAUACAUGAAUAAACUGGAAGUGUUUCUACAAUAAUUCUCAACGUUGAGUUUAUUGUCAGAUGCACAAGUCCAUGUGUGCACAGGUGCAAUGAAAGACUUACUUGCAGCAGCAUCACAGGCUCAUAGCAUCAGAUAAGCAGCAUUCACAAGAAAAACAUAAAUUAAACAUAAAUUAUACAAAAUUAUACAAGAAAGAACACAAUUAGAACAAAAAAACUCCAUUGUAGUGCAAAGUGGUCAUAGUGUUGCUAAACUGUCGUGAUUAAGGUUGUGCAGGUUGGUUCAAGAACCGAAUGGUUGAAGGGAAGUCGCUGUUCCUGAACCUGGUGGUGUGGGACUUCAGGCUUCUGUACCUCCUGCCUGAUGGUAGCAGCCAGAAGAUGGCAUGGCCCGGAUGGUGCCGUUCGAUUGAGUGGAGGAGCCAACCAACGUGAGGGAAGGGUGGAGUUAUUUCACAAUGGACAGUGGGGUACUGUCUGUGACAAGGACUGGGACGACAGAGAUGCCAGUGUGGUCUGCCGUCAGCUGGGCUUGAGUGAAAUAGGUGUCAGUAAGAGGAAUUCAUUCUUUGGCGCUGGACUGGGAUGUGUACACAUGGAUGUGGUUCACUGUCGUGGGGAUGAGGCAGCCUUGGUACAGUGCAGAAACAGCACCACAGCAGAUGGUGUCUGUGGACAUCACCACGAUGCUGGAGUUGUAUGCGGACUAUCAGAAGGUUCAGUGAUGCCCAUUCGCCUGGUUGGAGGCAAGGAACACCAUGAAGGGCGAAUUGAAGUCUUCCACGACGGACAGUGGGGGACUGUCUGUGAUGACCAGUGGGACGAUCUGGAUGCAGAAGUCGUCUGCAGACAGUUGGGGUUAAGUGGGACGGCCAAGUCUUGGAUGUGGUCUCACUUUGGUCAAGGGUUAGGUCCAAUCCUGCUGGAUGAAGUUGAAUGCACAGGCAAUGAGUUAUCUAUGGAUGAGUGCAGGAAGAGCAACUGGGGAGAGCACAAUUGUGACCACACAGAAGAUGCUGGUGUCUCUUGCGACCCUUUUACAGAUGGUGCUGUGCGGCUGGUUGGAGGCAGAGAUUCCACUGAGGGAAGAUUGGAGAUCUAUCGGAAUGGAGUGUGGGGCACAGUGUGCGAUGACAAAUGGAUGGGGCUGAAUGCACAGGUUGUCUGCAGACAGCUUGGAUUCAGCGGCCCUGGAAUGGUGGCAUCGGAGGGUACAUUUGGACAGGGAACUGGCUUCAUAUUCCUGGACGAUGUGGUCUGCGCGGGAACUGAACCGAAUCUUCUGAGGUGUGCCCGGAGCAACUGGGGUCAGCACGACUGCUCCCAUCAUGAGGACGUGGGUGUGAUUUGUACGCAGGAAGAAACCAAUCAAAUAACAGUGUCUCAUUCAGGGCCAGUUAUCAGGCUGGUGGAUGGAGAGAACAGCAAGGAAGGGCGAGUGGAGGUGUAUCUCGGCGGAGUGUGGGGAAGUGUCUGCGAUGACGGCUGGACUGACAGAGCCGCAAGAGUUGUCUGCAGGCAGUUGGGUUACAGUGGCCAGUCCAAAGCGAGAACUAUGGCGUACUUUGGGGAGGGGCAUGGACCCAUUCACCUGGACAACGUGAAGUGUACAGGCCACGAGCGCUCGCUGGAUGAAUGUGGCACACCAGGGUUGGGCGUCCAUAACUGUUGGCACAGUGAGGAUGCAGGUGUCAUCUGCGAUUACCAGGAGGAUCUACUGGAGGAGUUUGACAGUAGUGGUUCUUUGCAUUCAGUGUGCGGCCUACGUUUAAUGAAUCGUCGUAAAAAGCGGAUCAUUGGUGGGAAUAAGUCUCUCAGGGGUGGAUGGCCAUGGCAGGCUUCACUGAGACUCAAGACGUUCAUCCGAGGGAGCCGGUUACUGUGCGGAGCCACUUUGAUCAGCAAUUGCUGGGUCCUGACAGCAGCUCACUGCUUCAAGAGGUUCGGUAACGACACUCGUCAUUAUUUUAUUCGGGUUGGUGAUUACCACACAGCCGUGGAGGAUGAGUAUGAGCGGGAGAUUCCAGUGGACAGGAUCGUCAUGCACAGAAACUACAAGGCAAACAGCAGCGAUAACGAUAUUGCACUGGUCAGAAUGAAGGGCAGGGAAGGACACUGUGUGACAUUUAAUCAGUACACAUCGCCAAUCUGCUUACCAGGCAGGAAGGAGAAGAUCAGGAUAAACAGGCAAUCCUGUUAUAUCACUGGCUGGGGAGAUACAGGACGAUCCUACUCAAGAACGUUACUUCAAGGUGCCGUUCCCUUACUACCAAAGGCCAUCUGUCAAAUGCGCUACAGGAACAAGUUUACGGACCGGAUGAUCUGUGCAGGCAAUCUGUCCGAACACAAGCGGGUUGAUAGUUGCCAAGGGGACAGUGGUGGUCCUCUGGUGUGUCAGCGCACAGGAGGACGUUGGGUGAUUUUAGGGGUUACCUCCUGGGGAUACGGCUGUGGAAGGAAAGACUCUCCUGGAGUUUACACCAAAGUAUCCAAGUUUGUAAACUGGAUCAAGAAAGUGACGAAAAGCAAAGUGAAAACUCAGGAAAACCUAUUGAGCAAGGCAGUUCAAAAGGCAUGAGAUGGGGGUUGGGGGAACAAACAGAAGAGACUGAACUAUUUCUUUCUCAGUUACACAAACUGGGUUCUAAUUAGUAUUCAGGCAAUAUGGUGGUUUUAUGGUCACGUUACAUCCACAGACUUGGAUGAAGGAGGUGGGAAUAUGAAUCCCAGCAUGUAGCUGAGGAACUUAAUUCCAGUUAAAUAAGUCUGGACUGCAAUGCUUCGAUUAGUAAUGGUGACCAUAAUACCACUGGAUUGUCAUUAACAACCCAUCUGGUUCUCCGGGGAAGGAAAUCCACUGUCUUUGUUUGUGAGGGACCUCAGUUUCACCCACAUGUUGACCCACACUGAGAAAGGCCAUCAAGCUACUCACUCACACAAUUAAAGGUGGGCAACCUUCCACAAAUGGUUAAAGUGAGGCUCUUGCCAGUCGACCUUGCAAACAAACUGCAAAAGGGAUGUUAGAAUAAACUUCAAACAGUUUCAAAAGUUGGGAGCAGGGGACUCCUUGGAUGAGAAUUGGCGGAUGGUUGGUAUCUUAUGUUUUGUGUAUUUAAAGCACGGAAGGGAGAUUUCUCCCCAUGUACACAAAAAAUUCGGAUGCGUUUCUUGGGUAUGCCGUACAAUCUCAGUAUCAGCAGCGGAGCACAUAACUCUUUCCUCUGAAUGAUUGUCUUGAGGACUAGAAUGGGGUCAGUUUGGCUUGUGGUCCAUGGCUUGUGGUCCAUGGCUACCAGUCAAGUUGAGCGACAGUAAUAUAGGGAGGUAGGGAGGGGUGGGGUGGGUGAGUGAUGAGGGUUCAGAAAGGCCAGUCCUGCUCUAAUGAGUGCAGCCAGCUGGAACCCUUCACGUUAAACCCACAGCCCCAGCCUGACAGGGUUAGAGCAAGGAAGUGUCCAACGCAUUGUCACAGUCGGUUGUCAUGUCUGCAGGCUGAUUGUUCUGGUAUGCUGAAGAAUUCCCAGCAGACUCAUGCAGUAAGGAGUGCGGAACUUUGAGUGUUCGGUCUGCUGCACCCACUUUAGAUGUCAGCUGAAGCGGCAGGCAACACCAGCUGCCCUUGACUGUAGCCUGAGUGUCCGAAUCUCACCAUCAGACCCCACACCCCACCCUGGUGCUCACUGCAUCCACAAGUAACCUUGUGAACUGGUGCUGUCACCAAGUACCGAUAUUUCAAUCUCUGAGUACAUGGGCUAAAUACAGCAAAUGUUGGAAACUGAAGUAAAGCUGGAAAUGCUCAGCAGGUCAGUCGGCAUCCGUGGAAGGUGAGAGUGAAUGCUUCAGGUUGAUGACCUUAGGAUUGAUCUUAUAGGGUCAUACAGCAUGGAAACAGGCCACUCUGCCCACCUCAUCCAUGCCAACCAUGGUGCCCACCAAGCUAGCCCCAUUUGCCCAUGUUUGGCCCACAUCCUGUUGAACCCCUCCCAUCCAUGUACUUAUCCAAAUGUCUUUUAAAUUUUGUCAUUGCACCUUCCUCAACCACUUCCUCUGGCAGCUCGUUCCAUAUACCCACCACCUUCUGUGUGAAGAAGUUGCCCCUCAGGGUCUUUUAAAUCUUUCACCUCUUAUACACUGCUAUAAGGUCGCCCCUCAAUCUCCUAUGUUCCAAGUAAUAAAGUCCCAGCCUGGCCAACCUCUCCCUAUAACUCAGGCCCUCAAAUCCUGGCAGCAUCCUCGUAAAUCUUCUCUGCACUCUUUCCCGUUUAAUAAUGUCUUUCCUACAACAGGGUGACCAAAACUGUACACAGUUACCUCUCUCUGCACCUCUCCCUUCCUUUGCAACUUAAUGCAUGUUGUACCACUAUAAUGUUUCCCAGUUCUGAUGAAGUGUCAUCAAUCUGAAAUGUUAAUUUUCUUUUACUCCCAACAAACAGGUUGUGACGGCACUGACCUGCUCCAUUCUGCUUUUGGGUAUCUCACCAAUUCUGUACACUUCCUGGACAGCAGGCAGCAAUCGUCUGCACUUGGUAAUUACACAGUGGUGUAGCUAGCAGAGCUGCUGCCUCAGAGCACCAGAGUCCUGGGUUCAAUCCUGACGUCUAGCAUCAGAGUGGACUCUGCACAUUCUCCCUGUGACUGCAUGGGUUUCACCCAGAUGCUCCAGUUUCCUCCCACAUCUCAAAGAUGUACGUGUUAGUAGGUAGCCGCUGUGAAUUGCCCCUCGUGUGUGGGUGAAGGGUAAAAUGGGGAUGUGGGGAGAAUAAAAUGGGAUCAGCGUAGGAUUGGGUGGUUGGCGGUGCGGAUUCAGUGGGCUCUAUGACUCUGUGACAUUAAUGUGCCAGUUUUCAUUUAUAAAGUGUAUAUGUUGUUUACAUUAACCAAAGAAAAUGUCCUCAAGAGCUUUUAAAAUGCUGUUGCUUCCAACCAUACAGAUGAAUGAAUGUUACAUAUUAAUUUGGUCUUGACAGAGUGCAUUGCAACCAAUUGCAUGUAAUGUAAUGUUGAAAUCUUUUGUAUAUGUUGCAGUUCCACAGACAUAUCAGUAGGUGGAACUCUGCUGCAUUGUGCUGUAUUGCAGUCUGUGCAUCAGACUGUACAUAGAACAUUGAACAGUACCGUACUUGAAGAAUUGUGACUGGGCAUUACGUUGAUGUUAAUAAUCACUCUGCAUGAUUUAUUUCAUAUAAGCACUGCUGCCGCCAAAACUGUCACCUAAUUUUUCCAUCGUCAUACAAGAGCAAUAUAUAAAAAUUACAGCUAGCAACUUCUAAUGAAUCCCUGUUAACAGUGAAAAGAAAGGCAUUUAUAUUCCAGCUUUACACAAAAAAAGUAAAUAUUCCAAUUGGACUUGGCUGCUAUUCAAUCUUCAAAGGAACAAUGACAGACGCAACUUCCUAUAGCACCCCUCAUGACCGCUGGACGACCAAGAUGCCUUGCAGCAGAUGAAACACUGUUGAAGUGAAAUUAUAGUACAAAAGGUAGGAAAUGAAGCACCCAAAUUGUGACACAAAUUGUGCAUAUUCAGCAAUUAAAUAAAUGACCCAUCAAA